CACUUUUAAUGCCCAAAAAAUAACAUCCUCUGCUUCUUCCUUCUUCCUCAUUUCUCUCUCUUCAAAUCUAGAGAGAGAAACCGCUUACAUUUCUCAACACACUACAGACCAAAACCAAAACCAAAACCAAAAUCAAAAUCCCCCUCUUCCCCUGAUUUCCUCACUCCCCUUUUCCCCAUUUCUCUCUCCAAAUCUUCACUCCCAAAUCCCUUUUGGGAUUGGGAACAAACAAUCCAUCAUUCCUCCGCCAUUGUUCUGAUUUUCUAUGACAAUUUCAUUUCUGUAGUUUCUCCAUUGAUUUUCCCUUCACGAUCGGAUGAAGAAGAGAAAGGGGGAACAUGGGUUCUUGCUAAUUCUCUGUAAUGUUGUUUUUCAUUUGUUUGUAUUUUCCUCGAAAUUUCGCUUCCAUUACAUGUGAAAUUCCACCUCAUUCUUUCAUUCAGUUCCUGAUCUUCCCCUCCUUUUGAUCUGAUUUAACCAAAAACCAUAAAUCGUUUUGAAUCAUUUGUAAUUAAUUUAUGCAAUCAUCUCUUUCACCCUUUUGUUAAUUCGUCAAUGGGAUGUGUAAACUCGAAACCAAAUCGGUGCCGUCAUUGCCGGCGCCCAUAUUCGCCGAUUUCUCGAAGCUACUCUAUGCAAGUUCAUCAUCCACCACAGGCUAAAGGCGAUAGUUAUCACGUUGUAGCCCUAACCUCCUCCACAUUAGGCUCGUUGGAGCUCGGAAUCAAUGGUCACAGUGGUGGUGGCGGUGGAGGUGGCGAUGGUGGUGGUUAUUAUCGUUGUCAAUCGCAGAGAAAUGAUAAUUACAAGAAGAUUGACGAUUUCAAAACAGGAUUGGCCGAAGCGAAGACAUGGUCAAACAUAAUUACAGAGAAAAUCCCUAAGACCGCAUCGAAAACUCCGAUCAGGACGCCGCCGGGGGAGCCAGAGACGAUCAACGCAUGGGAGCUCAUGGAAGGGCUUGAGGAUGUUAGCCCUCUCUGGUCCCCGAGCCGAUUUCGAAGCCUCUCGUUCGAUUUCGGUAGCCGUGCGGUUGUCGAUCCCUCUCUAAAUCGAUCGCCCGAGCCGAUUCCGAAAGCAAAUGAUAACAAUUCAUCUCAGAAACCUCUCUGGCUUCAAUUAAAAGAAGAAGAUGCUGAAAUUGAUGAUGAGAAUCUAAACUCCGAUUCAAUGGCUUCCGAUUUCGACCCGGAAGUGAUUUCUUCGUUUCGAAAAUCUCUUCAACAGCUCUCCCCGGACCACCCAUUUCAUCUCCGCCCGGUGGAAAAUCCAAAGCACCAACAGUCACCGUUAGCCACCGUGGAUUCAAAGAAAUUCUACAGUUGGCCAGGGGAGAAGAAAAUGGAUAAGGUUAUUCUGUACUUUACGAGCUUGAGAGGGAUUCGUAAGACAUAUGAAGACUGUUGCCAUGUUAGAGCCAUUCUGAGAGCUAUCAGGGUUCGUGUAGACGAAAGAGAUGUAUCAAUGCAUAGUGGGUUUAAAGAAGAACUCAAGCAGCUUUUAAUGGAAGAUCAGAACAACAAUGGCGGAAGAAACUUACCCAGAGUGUUUAUUGGGAGAAAGCAAAUCGGUGAUGCUGAAGAAAUUCGAAGGUUACAUGAAGAUGGGCAGCUAGAGAAAUUGCUUGAAUGUUGUGAGAAGAUUGAAAAUGGCGAUGGGGGUGUCUGUGAAGCUUGUGGGGAUAUUAGAUUUGUGCCAUGUGAGACAUGUGGUGGAAGCUGUAAAGUGUUUUAUGAAGAAGAAGAUUAUGAUGAAGAAGAAGAAGAAGAAGAAGAUGGAUAUGGCUUCCAAAGGUGUGUUGAUUGCAAUGAAAAUGGGCUUGUGAGAUGCCCAAUUUGCUGCCAUUAAUGCCAAAUUACAAGUUAUAACGUGGUCGAGGAACCAUGAUGCCAUGGACGAGGAAGAAAACAUAGAUGAACACGUGCAGAAAAUCAAAGAAGAGAAUUGAGGAAGAACCGUAGACGUACACGUGCAAAAAAUCGAAGAAAAAUAUCAAGAAAAAAGUCAUACCGUGGUCGAGGAAAAACGUCUUCAAUGGAGAAGAAUGCUGAGGAAAAAGAUGUCGUCAAUGAGGAAGAAGACGUCGAGGAAAAAGCUGAAGAACGACGAGGAAGAAGCCGUAGGUGAGGACGCACGGAUUUCAAAUCGCAAGAAUAUUUUAAGAAUUUUGUAAAUGAAAACUUCGCUUCUUUUGAAAUUUUUUUUGCUAUAGAUUAUAAAUACAUUUUUUUUUUUCUAUUUAUAAGAACUACUCAAGCUUUUAUCUA